AAUUUUUUCUGACCAAUGAAUCCCACCUGGUCCUCAUCUCUGCUGAACUACAGAAUCAUUCUGCAGCCGGUUUCAGACCAGAGUCGACAUGGAGAGAAGAUUCGCUGUGACUUUCCUGCUUUUGCUGCCUCUUCUGAGCGUCGACUGCGUCUCCAACCAGAAAACUACAGUCUCCUGGUGUGUGCUAUCGGACGCCGAGGAGCAGAAGUGCCUGGAUUUAGCCGGCAAUGCCACGGCCAGGAAUGUGAGGGGAUCGCUGAUGUGUGUCCGCGGCCUGAGCACCAGAGACUGCAUGGAGAAAAUCAAGAACGGCACAGCAGAUGCAGCUUCGAUGUUUGCAGAUGAUAUGUACGCUGCGGGUCUCUGCCAUGGCCUGGAGCUUGCAGCAGGAGAGUCUCAUAAUGGAGUAGACGGAAUCAGCUACUAUGUGGUGGCAAUGGCCCGGCGCUCCUCUUCAGACCUGUCCUUGCUGGAGAUGCAUGAGCGCAGCUCCUGUCACCCCGGCGUCCGUACCACGGUGGGCUGGACGGUUCCCAUCGGCUACUUGGUUAACACAUCCCAAAUCAGCGUAGGAGAGCAGUGCAAUUUCCCCAAAGCGGUGGGGAACUUCUUUGGUUACAGUUGCGUGCCUGGCAUUAAGGAUCCUCUGCAUGAUCCCAGAGGCAACAACCCGAAGAACCUCUGUGAGGCAUGUAUAGGAGACGAGAACGACAGACACAUCUGUGCCAACAAUCACAGGGAGAGACAUUACGGAGAGGCAGGGGCCCUGAGGUGUGUUGCUGAGAACCUCGGUGAUGUUGCGUUUGUCAAACACACAACAGUCUUCGACAAUUCGGAUGGCAAGAAUCAGGAAUCCUGGGCCUUGGACUUGGAGCUGGAGGACCUCAAGCUGCUGUGUCCAGACGGGACAGAGGCAGGUCUGGAUGAGUAUCUGCGAUGCCACCUGUCAGCUGUCCCCGCCAACGGCGUUGUGGUGCGCAUGGAGGAUAAGUGCCGUGUCUGGAAAUACCUGGAGCGUUUACAGAAUGUGUUUGGCAACGCCACCGAGGGCUUCAGCCUGUUCAGCUCGGCAGGCUACGGCCAAUCCGAUCUGCUGUUCAGCGACGCUACCCACCACCUGCAGAGAGUUCUGGGUAGUUACACCUCUUGGCUGGGCCCCAGUUACACCACCAUACUGCAGGCCUUCGAGUGUGAGGGCUUCUGCUGAUGGAAGAGGGGGAAGAUACCCAGCGCAUCAACUUCCACCCCAUCCUGCUGUCUCCAUGCUAGUGUUCUGCCUUCCCGCCCUGCCAUCUGUGUCCCUCUGCUUUAACACCAUUUAAUUUUUUUUUCUAUUGCUUUGUGUUUUAUAUUUGUUUUGUUCCUGAAUUUCACCACCCAUUUCUCUCAUUUUAAUCAUUGUCCUUCACUAACUUGGUGUGUUGUCCAACAUAGCAGCUGCGAGGACAGCCAAAAACGGGCUAAUCAACUUUUAAAAACUCUGUCAAACAAGAUGUGGGGGAAAGGAGUAGAAAAUAUGACGUAAAUUGGUAAAAGUACAUGAUAAUAAUGUAGAAUAUAAUAGUUAUGGUACCUGUGGUAAUUACAGAUGAACUCUCUUAAUUUUUUAAAUCAAAGGUUCAAACAGUAACCAUUGAGUUUGACCCUCAGAAACCAAUUGAACACCGCAAAAACAUCCUGCUAACUGUUUCACUCCUGUGUGUCUGUUGGGGAAUUGCAUCCUUCUUAGUCCACAGCUUCAGCACCGCCACCCUCUCACCUCCUUCUCACAGGGUCCGUCUCUGGCACUGAACAACUGGGUGCUAUUAACGUUGACAUUAGGAGUCUCAGUUACUGUAUCAGUGUGUGUGGGCGUGCACGCACGCGGGUGUGUGUGUGUGUGUGUGCUUGGGAGAAGUAUGCAUGCUUUCCCACAGCCAUUACUGCCCUAAUUGGCAGUAUGGUGUAUUUUAUAUCGUGUGUGUGUGCGCGUGUGUGUUUAUGUGUAGCUGUUGGUAGGGUUGCUUCUCUCCCAUGGCUUGUGUAGCUCGCCGUUUUGGAUCAGUGCUUUCUCACGUCUGGCAUGGUGGGCCGCACCGUGCCAGCACACUGUGUAUUGUAACGCUAUGCAAUUUGGAGGAAGAACGUUGAGGCUUGAGUCGCCUCUAUUGCCCCCUUAGGGAUUCUUGACUGAAAUAAAUUUUUUCAUUACUUCGCA